AUGCUCCCAAAUAUUAAAACUUUUGCGUGGAGACUGCUUAGGAGGGCUCUUCCUACAGGGUUGAGGGCUGGUAGAUUUUCCAUUCAUAUUUCAAAAACUUGUUGCCGAUGUGGUCAACAAGAGGAUGAGGUCCAUCUGUUUUUCAUGUGCUCUUUUUCUCGUGCAGCUUGGUUUUCCUCUCCUUGGUUUGUUCGUUCGGAUGCUUUAGUCCAGGGGCAUUCCACCUUGCAUUCUGUUAUUGAUGUUCUUCGCAUGAGGCAUCUAUAUGGUUCUCUUUCUAACAUUUGUACACUUCUUUGGUGUCUCUGGAAAGCAAGGAAUGAUUUUCUAUUUCAUAGGGCGAAAUCUCUUCCUCAUCAAGUUCACAUUGCUGCUCUUGCAUUAACCUCUAAUGUGUAUGACAAUGCCCUUCUCUUGAAUCAGACUCCAACUCCAACUCAGUUGUCUUCUAAUCAAAUUCCUUUGCCUGGCAGAACCCUUAGGUCUGAUUUGUUGGCUGAUGGGGCUAAAAUCUAUUCAGAUGCAGCUUUUAGGACUAAGAAAAUUCCAGGUUUGUUGCAAGGACAGGUUGGCACAGGUGUGGGAAUCUUUAUUUCCUUACCCUCUAACGGAGGAGAGAUCAAUGUGCAAGUGCAAGCUUCAGCUCCUCCAACUUCUACUCCUCUGCAAGCGGAGGCUCUUGCACUAAAUUUUGCUGCUUAUCUUGCAUCUCAACUCAACAUUGCUCAACCUACUUUUCUGACGGACUGCUUGGUUUUAGCAGGGGCUGCUGCUCUAGGUAAUGUCUCCACUUCUGAAACUCCAUGGAGUAUCAGGAAAUCUUUGGCUAGUUUUUUUAAGACUACUUAUCAGCUUCAGCCAAAGGUGUUUCACAUUUCUAGGGAGAUCAAUGAUGUAUUUUGCUGUUUCUACAGGACCUUGACAUGCUUGCUUCAAGAAAGAUGGCAGUGAAGCAAAAGACAACAGCAAUUCAGAGUUUCAGAUUCAGAGUGUUCUUGUGCUAGAGUGUUCCUGUGCUAGUUCUGACCAUGUUGAUCAUGGUGUAGUGGUCAUUCCCUCUUUGCCUCAUAUAGGGUUUUUCUUCAGCUCUCUUUUCUAGAUACUGCUGCUACUCCUCUCUACAUCUUCAGCAGAUCUAUGUAAUUCUUUUUGUACUUUCUCUACGAGCUGAAUGAAUUUGGCACUUCGGUGCCUUUGCUUGUUCAAAAAAAAAAAAACAUCUUCGUAAUCA